AUGCUAGAAACGGGCCUUCUGGCAUCUUAUGUGCCUCUCGGGGGCGGGUCGAGACCAGUUGUGGUGAGGUCGGCAUUUAGUGGCGCUCCGAGGAGACUUAUAUCACGAUGCAGGAGUAUCGGCGCAGCGUGGCCUCUUUUACAGACUUUCGGCGGCACCGCAUCAGGCGCAAACAUAGCAUAA